GAGCAUGCGCAAAUAGACGUGGCGGGACGUCUGUGUCAUGGCGAGCUCCAUCUGAAGUGUUUUCCGUAGCCGCAGAAUAGCGUGUGCUUCCCUCUCUUUGGGCUGAUAAUAGAGAAGAUGCCUUCUGCGUCCUGCGACAUACUACUGGAUGACAUAGAAGAUAUCGUGUCCCAGGGAGAUUUAAAGCCACAAGAUAGGCAUUCUGCACGAAAGCAUGUGGUUCCAAAGGCACGAAAGCGAAACACCCAAAAAUACUUGCAAGAGGAAAACAGUCCACCAAGUGAUAGCACCAUUCCAGGCAUACAGAAAAUUUGGUUGCGAACAUGGGGUUGUUCUCAUAAUAAUUCAGAUGGAGAAUAUAUGGCUGGACAACUGGCUGCUUAUGGAUAUGAAAUUACAGAAAAUGCAUCAGACGCAGAUUUAUGGCUCCUGAAUAGUUGUACUGUAAAAAACCCAGCUGAAGACCACUUUAGAAACUCAAUUAAAAAAGCUCAAGAGGAGAACAAGAAGAUAGUGCUAGCUGGAUGUGUUCCUCAAGCCCAGCCUCGGCAGGACUACCUUAAAGGACUGAGCAUCAUAGGGGUUCAACAGAUAGAUCGAGUCGUAGAAGUUGUGGAGGAAACGAUUAAAGGUCACUCUGUGAGACUGCUGGGUCAGAAAAAGGACAAUGGAAAGCGCCUGGGGGGGGCACGAUUGGAUUUGCCGAAGAUCAGGAAGAAUCCGCUGAUAGAAAUCAUUUCCAUCAAUACCGGGUGCCUCAAUGCUUGUACCUACUGCAAAACUAAACACGCCAGAGGAAAUUUGGCCAGUUACCCAAUAGAAGAACUAGUAGAAAGAGCCAAACAGUCUUUUCAAGAGGGCGUUUGUGAGAUAUGGUUGACCAGCGAAGACACGGGGGCUUACGGCAGAGACAUUGGCACCAAUCUCCCCGCACUGCUGUGGAAACUGGUUGAAGUGAUCCCUGAGGGAGCGAUGCUGAGGCUUGGCAUGACAAACCCACCCUAUAUUUUAGAGCAUCUGGAGGAAAUGGCAAAAAUCCUUAAUCAUCCCCGAGUCUACGCUUUCCUGCACAUCCCGGUCCAGUCUGCCGCUGACACUGUACUCAUGGAAAUGAAGAGAGAAUACUGCGUGGCUGACUUCAAAAGAGUCGUGGAUUUCCUGAAAGAGAAUAAAACACCAAAUUGCAAGUGUGGAAGUCUUGAGAUGAUUCAAGUGUGGCAUGUAAAAGUUCCUGGAAUAACUCUGGCCACAGAUAUUAUCUGUGGUUUUCCUGGAGAAACAGAUCAAGAUUUUCAAGAAACAGUGAAGCUUGUGGAAGAGUACAGAUUUCCAAGCCUCUUUAUUAACCAGUUUUACCCAAGACCAGGAACUCCUGCUGCGAAAAUGGCACAAGUUCCAGCCCAAGUGAAAAAACAGAGAACGAAAGACCUUUCCCGGGUGUUCCAUUCUUAUAGUCCGUACGAUCACAAGAUUGGCGAAAGACAACAAGUGUUAGUGACCGAAGAGUCUUUUGAUUCCAAGUUUUACGUUGCCCACAAUCGAUUCUACGAGCAGGUCUUAGUGCCAAAGAACCCCACAUUCAUGGGGAAAAUGAUCGAAGUGGACAUUUACGAAUCAGGGAAACACUUCAUGAAAGGGCAGCCAGUAUCAGACGCCAAAGUAUACACGCCAUCCAUCAGCAAACCAUUAGCAAAGGGACAAGUCUCAGGUUUAACAGAGCCUGGAAAACGCCUUGUCAUCUGUUCUACCAACGGACCUUCUCUGCAUGGGACUAUUCCAGAUCCUGGCCCUCAUCAUGCAGUACAUGCUGUCUAGGGGUGAGCGAGGGGAGUGGAUUUCUAUAUACGAUGGUCUGUUUAGGACCAGAGGACCCAUCCCAUCGGAAUGUGUUUCUGCAUAUUGUACGCUUUUCCUUAGUUUGUCUAGAAUGGCGACCUCCCCUGUACACUUUGUAAAGACAUCUGGAAAGGUCAAAGCAUCUAAAGCAAAGUAUUGUAUUAAGUAAUUAUUGGCCAAAGUAAAUGCAUUUAUCCUCAUUGAGAAUUUUAUGAUUAUUCUCUAAGUAUUUAGCCCGAUGCUCCUUGAGAGUUAUUUUGUCCCCCUUUAGGUCCUGUUGGCGUCUUCUGAUAAAACUAGUGAGAGGUAGAACAGACUGGGGGAAGGGGCACAACCUGGGUGGGCAUCGUGGGAUCCAGAUGAUAGCAUUCUGGCAUCUGUGGUAACAGACUUUGUGACCUUUUGUGUAUCACUUAGGUUCCCUGGACCUCAGUUGUCUCCGGGAUUCUGUGAUUGAAAUAUUCUGUUUGACAAAAAUGGAUUGACUGCCUACCCUGUGGCAGGGCGUUGAAUUCUAUAAAUAUUAAUAAAUAUCAGGCCUUGUUAUUUUCAGGUUGUAAGUGAGUGCCCACAACAGGAUGGAAAAGGCGAGCAAUAACCAAGUCAAAGUUUACUGUCCCGUACGAAAUUAUAUGCUAGGAAACAGCAUACGGUAGCAUCUUCCAUGAGUAUUCCCGUCUUUCCUCUCAGUUUGGUUAAAGGAAUAGAGAAUUAGAAAGAGAGGGUGAUAGGAAAGAAGCAAAAUUGCCUGCAUAUUGUUAAGGAAUACGGAAGCAAACAGCUACCGAUAAGCUAACCGGGGACAUUUCUGAGUAUCGUUUUAAGGAUAAUUAAUUUCAAAAAAAGGUUAUAUAAUAAUUAAACGGGGGAAGGCAUCAUGGAAUUCAAAGGACAGAUAUAAAUCAAAGAAAGGGGAGAUCAUGAACUUUUAUAUGAAAAGUAUCAGGGGGCUUUGUUCUUAGGAGCAAGCAAGGGACACAUACGUUUUCAUAGAUGUUCUUGGAUCUUAAUUCUCAAGUGUGGUCUCCAGACUUGCAGCACCGGCAAAUCUGGGAACUUGUUAAAAAGGCGAAUUCUCAGGCUUCAAACUGGACCUGAAUCAGAAACUCUGAGAGUAAGGCCCAGUAACCUGUUUUCUUAAUAAGCUCUCUGGGUAAUUCUGGUGCCUGCUCAAGUUUGAAAACCACUCUUCUAAGAAAAUGAUUCUCAAGUGGGAAAGAGGGUUUGCUAUUUAUAAAAGCAGUUUUAAUAUUGUAAUGUAAUAAGGCCAGAUUUCCACACUUGGAACUUCAGAAACCGUGGGACCGCAUCCCCCUGGAUGGUGAAGACUGUCUCAUCUGCGUAUUAAUAAUUCUUCUGAAGUGGGUUGUAGAAAUGAUUGUGGGGACAUGCAAACGUCACCUGCCUGUGGGAAGGGGAUACUUAGGGGGAAGGGCCAGAGGCAUGGGAACCCUGAGAAAAAGCACAAGUUUUAAGGUGUUGAAGAGCGGUGAUAUUUUUGCCACGCUCCCUCAUAGAGCCCAAGUGUGUCGUAACGUAUCCUGUUCAGUGCGAUGAUCAUUUUACACAGUUGAAGUUUCCUCAGAAAAUUGCCGUGCCUUCCAGUCGUGCCAACCUGAAGAAAACCCGUGGGGAAAUAGCGCCUACUGCACCAGAUCCGUGACCACCUGAUAAUAUGAAAAAUUACCGAAGAGCCGUCUAUCAAAGACUGGGAUCGAGGAGUUGUUUUGUUUUAACUCAGUUAUGGAAAAUUUGUACUGUAGCAAAUUUCAAGCAUAAUACAUGUCACAUACCCGUCACCCACCUUUAACAUGUGUAACUUCUUGUCUUCCACAGUGAAAAUCCCAGGUCCUGGUCACCUCGCAUAAGUACUCACGGGCUGUGUCCUGUGCUACUCACGUAACUGUCCACGAAUAACCAUACUAGCGCCAUCACCUACAGUGUGACUCCUGAGCGCGGAGCUGAGUUGAGGUGGCGGUGGUGGGGAGGUGGUUUUACAGGUGUUUUUGUUGCUGGGUAUUUCCCUCGAGGACUGUGCGGGCAGAGGGUAGUUUUGAAGUGAGCCGAAUUCAUUCUUCUCUGUACGGCUGUACCAGCCAGUGACUACUCUGCUAGGAACAUUUGUUCCACUUUAUUUUCAAAUUUGGGGGGAAUUUAAAAAUUUUAGUUUUGUUUCAAAAUCAUGUAAAAUAUUUAGCAAAAUCAAAUCUACGGAAGUAUGUUCUGAGAAGUUCACCUUCUGUCUUCUCUACCCUGUUUCUUCUCUUACCUAUUUAAGGAAUUUUGUUUGCUUUAGUUUUUGGCUUAUUCUUCCAAGGGUUUGCUUUAACAAUAUAAACAAAUACAUGUACAUGUUUUUUGCCACCUCCGUCCUAGAUAAAUUGUAGACACUUUUGCUGUUUUUCACAGUGUAUCUUGACAGUUACUGCCUAGCAGUAUAUGAAAAUUCAAUGGAUGUUUACAAUGAUUUUUGUUAGGCUCUUCGGCAAAAUACAUGAGAGUCUGUGUUGUUCUUGUCUCUAAGUUGAAUACUAUUACCCUGUAUGAAACCCAGCAUCUUCUCGGUCAAAGAAGAGAGAGGCGGGAUUACCUCAAAGUAUUUAGGUAGCCAGAGAGACAGCAGACCAGUGAGAGGGUAGUGGUUAGGUGACUAUCCUCACCAAUAUGUGGUGUUUUCUGGAGUUUCGGUAGUGGCCGUCCUGAAGGGUGUGGGGUCAGGCCCGGGUUUGUCAGCCCAGGCUCAAACCAGCUUUCCCUUUGGAGUUGCAAGAGUCUUACCGAUGACUUCACGGCUUUAGUUGUCUUCUGCAUACCACUCGGCCACUCGGGCUUGUGCCGGAUGCAGAGAAAAAAAUGAGGAGAAAAUGGACGGUAUUAACCGUCUUCUCUGUGUUCUGUGGAAAGUGGUAUUCGCGUUACCAGCCUGUGUUAGGAAGACAGGAGAAUAUGAACACUACCCCUGCUUGAUCAAAGCUAACUAGUUUUACUCCUGGUGCUCUUUCCUCUCUUGUGGCCCAUCUUCUAACAAAUUACUUGGAUCCUACCAUCUCUGAGAUCAAUACUUAAGAAGUCAGAGCCAUUUCGUGCCUGAAUCGGAAGAAAAUUCUCUCUGAUUCCCAACUUAAGUAGUGAGUUUUAUUGCAAAGUUUUUCUCUUUUUGAGUUUAUUCCUAGUAGGAAAGGAUUGCAUUAAAUAAGAAAGAGGUGGUGGCAGGGUGGGGGGUGGUGAUUUGUGGAAGAAGCUCAAGAUUUGGAGUCUCUCGUGUUUGGGUUCAGAUGGGAAUUACACGCUUCUCUGCUCCUGUACAACUUCCUUGAAUCACAGUUUCUUCAUUUGUAAAAUGGACACAAUCGAGCCACAGAGGAUUAAAUUAGAUCAUGGGGACAGAACGCCUGGUGUAUCACAGGUGCAUUAAUAUUUGAUAAAAGGAUUCAGUAAGUGUACUUUUAAAAAUCAGUGAUUUCCUGGGUCUUAAUUUUUUUUUUUUUUACGUCAAUGUUUUUUUAAAAGGUACUUUGCUUCCGUUGGCUUUCACUCUAUAGUACUGUACAGCAGUUAAGAACACUGAUGCUGGAUUCUGAACACUUGUGUCUGAAUCUUUGUUCCACCACUUACAAGGAGUAUGACCUUGGGUAAACUCUUCUUAUCUCCCCCUCCUCUCUCUCCUCCGUAAACAUGGAUAAUAGUACCUGCUUCGUGGGACUACAGGGAAAUGGCUUAACAGUCAAUAAAGAUUGGCCCCUCUUAAUAUUAUCAUUAUUAAUUUGUGAUACAUUCCACACAGUGACGCAGAGAAGGUAAAAAUUGCCCAACCUUUGAUCAUUUCGAAAGUUUUCAUCGGGACACCCAGGUGGCACAGUCAGUUGAGCAUCUGACUCUUGGUUUCGGCU